GUGAGAGGAGCAGCUAUGAGAUUAAAUACAGCAGUGAGAGGAUUUGUUGUCGUCGUUCUCUCUGGGUCAGACUGGGAUGAGUCGACUUCUGCUUUACAGAAAGGACUGUCAGUUAUCUACUUGCAUUUUAACGGCUCACACAGAGCAAUGAGAGGAGCAGCUAUGAGUGUAAUAACAGCAGUCAGUGGAUUUGUUCUCCUCACUGUGACAGUCGUUUUGGGUCAGUAUGGCUGGGGAGUGACUUACACUUCUACUCCGAUCUGUGCUGUAAAAGGAUCCACAGUGGAGAUACGCUGCACCUACACAUACCCAUCUAGACAAUAUAAUCCUUAUGGAGUUGUGAGGACAUUCUGGUUCACAAAAGAGAGUAAUAAUGAAGUUGUGGAUUUGAAAACAGAUCCAGAGUAUUCAGGUCGUGUUCAGUAUCAGUGUGAAAACAACAAAUGCACUCUGAGAAUCACAGACCUGAGAGGGAGCGACUCAGCUGAGUACAGGUUCAGAUUCAUAACAAACCAUGAAGGAGGGAAAUAUUCUGGUGUACCUGGAGUCACUUUGACUGUCACAGUCCCAGAUCCACAGCUCCAGGUACAUGUGAGGAGAUCAACAGUAAACUCUUAUUCUAACUGGACAGAGCUGACAUGUCACAACAACUGUCAGCUACCUGAUCAAUCUUCCUACAUCUGGUACUGGAAUGGACACAAACUUUCAUCAGAAAAACAAUAUUUACACCUGAACACAUUUGAUUCUGUAAACAGUUUUAACUGUGCUGUGAAAGGAUAUGAGCAGUUCCCUUCUCCAACAGUGUAUGCUCCAAAGCUUCCCUCUGUGUCAGUGAGUCCCUCUGCUGAGAUAGUGGAGGGCAGUUCAGUGACUCUGACCUGUAGCAGUGAUGCUAACCCAGCAGCUAGUUACACCUGGUACAAGGAGGAUGUCAUCAAUCCUCUCAGUUACCAAAUCCAACAUGUUUUCAGCUCCAUCCGGCCCUCUGACUCUGGAAAGUAUUACUGUACAGCUGAUAAUAACCUGGGACAAAAGAGAUCUGAAAGCAGAACUAUUGAUGUGAAAUAUGCUCCAAAGCUUCCCUCUGUGUCAGUGAGUCCCUCUGCUGAGAUAGUGGAAGGCAGUUCAGUCACUCUGACCUGUAGCAGUGAUGCUAACCCAGCAGCUAAUUACACCUGGUACAAGGAGGAUGUCAUCAACCCUCUCAGUUACCAAAACCAACAUGUUUUCAGCUCCAUCCGGCCCUCUGACUCUGGAAAGUAUUACUGUACAGCUGAUAAUAACCUGGGACAAAAGAGAUCUGAAAGAAGAACUAUUGAUGUGAAAUAUGCUCCAAAGCUUCCCUCUGUGUCAGUGAGUCCCUCUGCUGAGAUAGUGGAGGGCAGUUCAGUGACUCUGACCUGUAGCAGUGAUGCUAACCCAGCAGCUAAUUAUAUCUGGUACAAGGACAACAAAGUACUGGCAACAGGACAAAAGGAUGUUUAUCACUUUAACUCCAUUAAAUUGGAGAACAGCGGGAAUUAUUCCUGCAAGUCUGAAAAUCAGUAUGGACAGAAGAACUCUACGUCUCUAUCCAUAGAUGUUCAAUAUCCUCCGAGGCUUCCCUCUGUGUCAGUCAGUCCCUCUGGUGAAAUCAGGGAGGGUAGUUCAGUCACUCUGACCUGUAGCAGUGAUGCUAACCCAGCAGCUAAUUACACCUGGUACAAGGAGGAUGAAGACUCACCUAAAACAUCAGGACACAACUUCACCAUCAGCAACAUCAGACCUGAGCACAGUGGGAGUUAUUACUGUGUGGCCCACAACAACAGAGGGACUCAUAAUGUCACCUUACAGCUGACUGUCAGGGAAGAUUUCCCACUGGCGGCAAAACUAGUUGUCACUGGAAUAACUCUUGUGGUUUUCCUAGUUAUUAUAUGCCUCUUGGUCUUUUUCCUGCUUACAAAAAAGAAGCCCUCAGCAUUAUUUCCUGUGCCUGGAAACAGACAGGACAACAACAACAAGGUUUCCUGCACAUCUCCAAGUCAGCACACAGGGAAGACAGAGUCUCCACCCAGUAACUCAGAGGAAGAUGAAGAGCUUAACUAUGCUAGUGUCCGAUUCUCAACGAACCAGACAGAUCCCAUUUACUACAACAUCCGAUCAGCUGGAUCCCGCAGACAAAAGGUGAAGGAGGAGGAUGAGCAUGUAGAGUACGCUGCAGUCAACUUCAGUUCUGCCCCGAGAAAUGCACACCAGGAAAGUGAGGAGGAUCCAUCUGAAUUGUACAGCACAGUCAAGAAAAUCUGAUAAAAACAAAAAGAAGCCAAACUGUGGACCCUUCUUUAAUUGUCAGUUUAGCAACCAUACAGCUACUGGACAGUAGAUAUGAUUCUACUAUAUAAUUUUGGUCAGGCGUUCAUUGUCCCCUGAGGGUAACCGCUGUGGACUUGAUUGUCUGAUUUCAUCUGAAGUUUUGUACUACACUUCUAGUUUCAACUUCAACUGAUAUUUCUUCAAAAGAGUGCCCAGAUGUUUGGGGAGUAGAGGUUAUUUUGUCAUUUUCUGUUGAAAUUACUUGUUCAACACUGGAAAAAACAACAAGUCCAUUCAAGAUUUUUCAGGAUCAUAAAGUUUGGUACAAAUAUUCAGGUUAUCUAUUGCCAUCUAUUGCCAAAAUUUUGUGCAAACCUUCGUGUCCACCAUCAGGUAAAAAAAUUUGUCUCACAGGUUUGUUGGAAGUCAUGUAUACUUGACUAAAAUUUGUAUUUCUUUUAGUUUCAUGAGACAUAGGAAAUGUUUUUGCACUGCAGCACUGUAUGUAAUAGCUAAUACAUGGUAGGCUUGUAUUUAUUAAUAUUAUUAAUAUUAUUGAUGUUGUUGUAAUACAUAUGCUGAGUUAAAGAACACUGAGUUAUUGGAAAAGAACAUGCGUCCUGUUUCCACUCAAUAGUAGUACAGAAAAAUAUUUUACACAUUUUCCACGAUUCACUUUAGUUCUGUAUGUUUUACAUUUUGUCUGCAUCAUUCCUGCUCUCAGUUUUUCAGUUGUAAUUUGCUUAAAGUAAAACCAUCAUUAUUUAAAAGAACUCUUCUGUUUCCUGUUGUUAACUCUGAAGGUUUGAAUGUUGUUUUAAAUGUCUUCUUUUCACACUGAUUGUUAAUAACAUGCUUGACAAAUAGAAUAAUCUUUACAUCUGAGUUACCGAGUUCAUGUUUUUGUGUCAGAUAUUUCCUUUCAAAUCAUUUCUUGUAUUAUUUUGUAAUCAUGUGCCUUUGUGUGCUCAUGUCAGUUUUACUUCCUCUGUUAGUAUUUGUGUUUAGUACGAUGGUGCAGUGGUUAGCACUGGUGUCCUGAGAAGGUCCUGAAUUUGACUCCACCAUCUGGCCGGGCCAUUACUGCGUGGAGUUUGCCGCCCUCCCUGUCUUUGGGUGGGUUUUCUCUGGGUACUCUGGCUUCUUCCCAGUCUAAACACAUGCAGUAAGCAGGGUUAGGUUAACUGGUGAUUUGAAAUUGCUCAUAGGUGUGAAUGGUUGUCUAUCUCUCUGUAUUAGCCCUGCUGGUGACCUGUUCAGGGUGUACCCUGCCUUUCGGCCUAUGGUAGCUGGUAUAGGCUUUAGUCCCCUUGUGACCCUGAUAAGGGUAAGAGGAUGGAUGUAUGUUAGCUUUCUGUCAUCGUUGUUGACCGCCCUGAAUAGUUUGUUUCCUGUCUGCUGAAUACUCAGCUCCAUCAGAUCAUCACUUACCCCAGUACUUCCUUGCCACCCUUUGUUUCUUAACUUGUCGUCAUUUUUCAUUUCUCAACUUCCAUGUCUAGAGGUUGUUUUUGUGUCUGUGACUUAGGGUUUUUUUUCUCUUUUUCUUUUGUUCAUUGUUCUGCUGCAUGAUCACCAGUACGUGACCACUUCCUGGACUUGACUAAAGGUUUGGAACCACACCUGUUCAAGUAAAGUCAGAUGGAACAGUAGAAAAAUAAGAAGUUGGGGGAAGUCUAAUGUCAAACCCGUGUGUUAUGCAAAUGAAUAACAGAUAGAUUUCAGUACACCUAUUAGUAAUGCAGCACAUUGUUAAAGGGCAUAGGGCCAAGUAUAGAGUCACAGAUUCAUUUUUCUAGUUGUGAAACUAUGUAAAUACAAAUCUAACAAGACGUUUCCUGUACAAAAAAGGCAGGAAAAGAAAUGUUAUGAAGCUUGCAUCUCUUACCAAGUUGCCUUUUCUUGCCUUUUACUGGCAUGUUGUUUAUUCUACUGAGAGGUAAAGAGGAAGGAAGCCUUUUGUGUUUUAGCAACAUCUUCCUCUCUUUGAGGUUUGAAGUGUACUGUAAAGAUAAAAGUAUUAAAAUAAGCUUCAGUGGAGGGUUUUACUGUGUGUGACAUCAUGUCUGUGUUCAUAUUAAACACUGUACAACCAAGUUAAACAUCACUUCCUGUCACUUCCCACUUUACCCACUCCACACUGCCUGCACUCACUUCUUCAUCUCUCUUGUGCACUGUUCAUUUCAUGGCUUACCCCAGGUAUUCAAAUUCAUCCACCUUCAAUAUCGCUUUGCACGUUCACUUUUCCACCCGUCUCCCUCUCAUUUAUACAUGUAUUUUGUCUUCUCUCCACUGACUUUGAUUCCUUUUCUCAAACCACCAGCAUUCAGCCUUCUGCAUUUCUCUCCUUAAUAUCAUACCUAACCAACACCACCUCAUCACCUCUGUUCCCUUGUCUUACAUGUCCAUUGAAGUCUGCUCCAAUCACCAAUCGCUCCUUCUCUGGGGUCACGCUGGUCACGAGCUCAGUAAAUUUUCCCAAGUGAUCAAAUAUCCAGGCAGAACUUGCUAAGGCCAAAUAUUAUUUGCGGCGUAUCUAUAGGUUACCGAAAUUCCCAAAUACGUCAAGCUGGUCCACUCAUUUCUUUCAUAUUUAUUUUUUAUGACAUUAAAGAUGUUUGCCAUACAAACAUUCUACCCUUGAAAAAGAAAAGUUGGACCAGUACUCAACUUUGAUCUCUCAAAGGACUUUUUACAUUUUAGGUCUUAUUCACACAAACACACACACACUGUAUUUGCUUGUUCUUUAAAAUAAAUUGAUCUUGAUCUGUGUUAAACAAUGAGACAACUUUAGAGGUGAAAAAAACAUCAUUAUUCAUACAGUGUGUACCAAGUCAGAGCACUGAAUCAAGAAAUCAUAUAAAUAGAAUCUGUCAGACAAAGUGAAGUAGAUUAAAAGAUGUCAGAGAAACAAUCUAAAGAAAUUCAAGAACAGAUUUAAAAUACAAUCAUUCAUAUCUAUCGGUUUGUUAAGCGUUACAAAGCCUAGGGCUUUGGGACUCCAGUGAACCACAGAGAGAACCAUUAUCUACACACAGAGAAAACUGGGAAGAGUGGUGAAACUUCCCAGGAGUUGCAGGCUAAAAUGACUCAAGGAGAGCACUGACUACUCAUCCAGGAGAUCAUGAAAGAACCCAAAGCAACAUCUGAAGAACUGCAGACAUCAUUUUCCUCUGUUAUGGUCAGAGUUCAUGCUUCAACAAUAAGAAAGAGACUGAACAAAAA